AUGCCCUCGUCCCCGCUCAGGGUGGCUGUGGUGUGCAGGAACAAUGUGAACAGGAGCAUGGAAGCCCACAGCAUCCUCCUCAAAAGAGGGUUCCACGUCCAGUCUUUCGGAGUCGGAUCUCGGGUGAAGCUCCCAGGACCCUCAAGCAAUUGCCCGGUGAUCUACGAUUUCUCCACGACGUAUAAGCAGAUGUACGAGGACCUUUGCAGGAAAGACCGGGAAGGCUACAGCAGGAACGGAAUCCUGCACCUCUUGGGGAGAAACGAGAGGAUCAAGCCGCGCCCCGAAAGGUUUCAGGAGUGCAGCGACCCCUUCGACGUCAUCUUCACCUGCGAGGAGAGUGUGUAUGACCGAGUGAUGCAAGAGCUGUGGGCCAGGGAGCAGGCGACCUUCCAGCCCGUGCACGUGGUCAGCGUGGGCAUCGCAGACACCUUGGAGGACGCCACCCUCGGGGCUUUCCUCAUCUGCGAGCUGUGCCAGAGCCUCCAGCGGGCGGACGACGUGGACAGUCUGGAUCAGCUGCUGCUGGCGGCGGAGGAGAAAACAGGAAAGAGCUUUCUUCACACGGUCUGCUUCUACUGA